AUGGAGUCGACACUUGACGACCUUAACUCGUUUGACCCCUUUUACCAGCAGGAAAACAUUGUGGACCGCAUCAAGGGGAUCUUAAACGACUAUGACCCCUCGAAUAUCUUCAACGAGUUCCUGCAGAACGCGUCCGAUGCCGGCGCGACAGAGUGUCAUUUCCAACUGGACAUGCGGUCGUUUGGCACGGAGAAGGUGUUCAGUGACCAAAUGGCUGCCUGGCAAGGACCCGCGCUGAUUAUCUACAACAACGCUGAGUUCUCUGAUAAGGACUUUGAGGCUCUUUGUAAACUUGGAAUCGGAAACAAGAAGGAUGAUCCUUCCAAGAUUGGGCGCCAUGGACUGGGCUUCAACUCUGUCUAUCAUUUCACGGAUGUGCCAAGCAUCGUCAGUGGGCCUUAUAUCGGCUUCUUUGACCCCCAGAUGACCAACUUGCACAAGAGCCGAGACCGCAAUGGAACCUCCGUCGCUAAGGGUGGGCAUCGAUGCGAUUUCCGGAAGCUCAGCAUGGAGACAUUUGGAGAUCAGUUGAAACCUUACAUGGGGUUCUUUGGGUGUGAUAUGAGGUCACAUUUCAAAGGCACACUCUUCAGGAUUCCUUUGAGGAUGAGACCCACCAAGUCUUCUGCGUCGAAGGCAGGAGUGAGAUUCAAAUCGACCGCUGCUGUUGCUGGAGCAGGGGUUGGAGGCGUUGAGUGGUCGGUGGGCCAGAUCCAGAAAAUGAUGGAGAAGUGGAUUGCAGAUGCAAAGGUCGGGAUGCUGUUCCUGAAGAACGUCAAGACCAUUCGAAUCUCAGAUGGGUUCAAGCUUGAGGUGAUGGUCCAGAAAGAGCUCCUCGAGCCUUCGAACCCGAAUGCACCCAGACUACCAGGCUCCGUGUUCAAGAUUGAUGUCUCGCCCAAUGUGUCCAAGCCGUCUGAAAACGUAGCGAGCUCGCAGUGGCUGGUCUGCUGUGAUGAUGCCUUCCCUUCCGAUACUCCUUCGCCAAUCCACUGCCUUGCAGCCAAGAGACACUGGAGCCCUCACUGUGGCGUGGCGAUCAAGUUCCAGGACACAGAUGGCUCCAAGUUCCACAGCAAGCUCUUCGUCCACCUUCCUACCCCCAUUUCAACCGGUCUCCCAUUCCACAUCCAUGGCGAUUUUGCUCUGACAUCAAGCCGCAAGAGCCUGGCUGGGAGCAAGGAGGAAGAGGACGAGAAGCGUAUCUGGAACUCAUUUCUGAUGGAGAAAUGCUUGCCGCGGACCGCCAUCCGAGCCAUGGAGCACCUAUUUGCAAUGUACUUUCUAGAUCCGUCAAGCCCAGGUCGUAGCCGCGACGGAUUCAACUCGGCCACUGCUGGGUACUUCAAACACUGGCCUUCCAGUUCUACCGUGGAGUUUCAACCAUUCCUGAAGGCUUUCUUAUGCCAGACCUACUUCUCCCCAGCGUUCCCAUGCCCUGGAGCCACAACCGUGUUCCCUAUGCAACUGAAAGCAGGAUGUCACACGAUCUUCCCUGGGCCUGUCACUAUCCCCUUUGAGCUGGAGGAGAAAGUCGUUCCGUGGCUGUCCAAAAGAAACCGAGCCAUUUGCAUCGUUCCAGAUCCGGUCAUCUCGGUCAUUAAGGCUGAAUGGAGCAAGCAGCCAAAGUUUUCAUACAAGCAGGUCGAUGGAGACUUUAUCCGGGAGAGCCUUCGAGAAUCCCCUGACUACAUCAAGAACAACAUGAAGACCAGUGCUGAGAGGGAGUGGAUCUUGGGAUGGGCGUUCCAGCCUGUUAUAAACCCGAAUCUGCGAGUCUCGGUGACGUCGAACGAUCUUCAGAUCAUACCACUGCUCAACGGGGAGUGGGUGCGACUCAAGAGAGGGAAGACGAAGUACUAUGUUCCGUCACAGCAUGAGCGUGACCUUCUCGGAGCAAACGACAUUUUGGUCGACGCGGACGUCUUCAGCACCGACGAGCUCCGUCUUGCUUUGAAGCUUUUGAUCGAGGGCGACAAGCACAACGUCGGAUCGUUGCCAGCUGAAAUCUUUGCAACAAGAUUCCUCAAGGAGAACCCUAGCGGUGCGACAGAUCAGCAGCUGAAGCAACUUUGGGACUACCUCGAGGUGGAGUACAAGUCCAAACCACUCCACACGUUUUAUAACUUUCCGAUCCUCAGGACCUCUUGCGGAACCAUGGCAACACUCGGCAAGGCGACGACGGGUUUCCAAAUCUCGGGACUGCCAACCCAAUUUUUUGUGUUCAUGGACUUGCUCCGGGAUCUCGACAUCACAGUCUAUAGUUCGGAGACGCACAGGAGCCACAACUUUUUCAAGGGCCAUUGUCCGGCGUUCUCCGGACUUCGACUUCUUGAGGCCAUCGUUAAUCAUUGGAACAAUCUGUCAACAUAUCGAGCGUUCAGCAUGACAGAGGCCAAGGGGAUGCGGGAUCUCGUACUAGCCUGCAGCGGCACGAUCACGCAGGGGUUCAUGUUCGGCAUUGGUCGCCUCCCGAUCUGGACGACUCUAGGAUCGACAAAUACCUCUCCACUGAUCGCAGCCUGUGAGGCCUACUUCUUGGAGGGCCACUUUGACUUGGACAAGUUCGGAGCAUUCCCCACGGUCCUCAGUCCGGUCGAAGCUCCAAUCUUCUGGCCAAUGGGUGCUACUCCGCUCAAGGUGACCGUUGCUUUGAUGGAGCUCGUCCUUCCCAAGUUCCACAGUGGAGUGCUCAAGUGUGAUGGCGAUACCAGGGCCGCCUACCUGGAUCUGUUGUUGAACCUGUUUAUGGUCAACAAGCUCUCUAGGACGUUAGCGAAUGUCGCGAAGGAUAUCAUUAAGUCUGCGCCAUGCUACGUGGCUCGGGAUGGAUCGCUUCACUUUCGAGGAGAAUUGUUUGUUCCAGGGGAGGCAUUAACAGAGAUGUUGUUUGCAGAUCAACCCAACGUCUUUGCGGACCAAGAGAUGGCUUUGUUGAUGGCACGGUUCUCCAUGGAAUCAAACCUUCGUUCGUUGAGCAGCAGCCCCGAUUUGGUCGUCCAUUGUGCGAAGAAGGUAUUGGAGGAGACGGUGGAUGCAGCAGCCGAUCAGGGAACAACGCGGAGGCGAGCGGUGCAGCUGAUUCAGUACCUCUACAAACACCCUGAUGCCGGCGGAGAAGACUGGAUGGAUCCCAAGUGGAAGGUCGUGCCGCGAGAAGCCAACCUUGAGUGGCCAUACAACAUAUUGGCGCCAACCCUGCCUCCCUACAUGGCCUUUUCGGAGCUGGUCGGCUUUUCAAUCCGGGAAACUGCCUGGACACAAUGCGGAUUCUUCCCUGCUGAGCUGCAGCCUUCCCAUGCCUUCAAAGUGCGAUUCCCAGCUGUUCGCAUAAAAACCCAGGCGCUGCCAGACGUCCUCAAGCACCUGAAUGUUUUGGUCAAAGAUAUCGCGCCAACAUGGACGUCGACCGAAAACCAACACAAGUUGAAGUCGAUAUUACUCAAGAUCUACCGCAUCAUCGACACGUACAUUGUCAGCUCCAUUAAUCACCAAAAAUUUGCGGUGCAGCGCGCGACAGAAAUCCUCAAGUGCCCAUACAUUCUGAACAGCAAGGACUCCAGCGACCCGAGCUCAUGGCUCUGGCCUAACCAGCUCAUGUUCGGAAUCGUCGACGACGUCCCGCCUUAUUACGCUGUCGACCCGGAAUUGCGCCAGUUUCGGGAUUUUUUACUUGCCAAUGGCGCGGAGCAGAUUGAGCCUGUCGAGGGCUCUGUUGAUGUGACGGUUGGCCGGGCGCGUGGUCAUAUGGAGGACCUGAUGUUGCAUUUUUUCGAGACCCAGGAUCAGGAGGCCGGAUGCAUGGAUGUCCGGUUCAAGUUCCAGAAGGGAACGGAUAUCUGGGCCCACAAGUUUGUCCUGGCGAUGGCGAGCGAGUUUUUGUCACUAAAGUUCAAGCGUGAUUGGGUGUUCGACUCAAGAUUGACUCCUGAGAAGGGGAUGCAGUCCAUUUGUCUGUCGAGCUAUGGCGAUAUCAGAGCUGGAUUCUGGGGGCUGCUGCACUACUUUUAUUCCGACGCCUUGACCCUGUCCAAUUUACUUGACAAAGAAAAUGACCAGGGAUCGAUCGACGAUGGCGCCCUGGAACCAGAGGACAAGCUAUCAAAGCGAUUGCUGUACCUGAUGAAGCUACAGCAUGUCGCCCACCGGUUCGAGACCAUCCGACUCAAGGACCUGAUUGCCAAGGAAUUGAUCGAGGGAAAGAAGGUGGUCCACAGCAACGUAUUCGCCAUCCGAGGUCAUGCGGAGCGCAACGAGGAGGAGAAUGUCCGGGACUAUUGUAACAAGUUCAUCGAGAAGAACAGGGCAAGGAUGAAGGGGCUGCAGAGGAACCAGAGGGAGUUGCUUAUCGAGCCUUAG